AUGCGUUUUCCUCUCCACAGACUUUUCAGCCCCUCUCUCUCUCUCUCUCUUUAUCUCUAUCUCCCUCUCACCGCUGCUUCUCCUUCUUCUUCAUCAUCUUCGCUUGCUUGUCGUGCGCGGCGGCCUCCUGCUUAUCGUGCGCCGCGAGGGUUUCCCAAUCCGGAGCGGGCAAGACCACCGCAAUGGGGAAAGGGGGCGCGCUCUCGAACGGCGUGAUCAAGAAGAUCCUGCUCUCCUACACCUACGUCGCGAUCUGGAUCUUCCUCAGCUUCACCGUCAUCGUCUACAACAAGUACAUCCUCGACCGAAAGCUGUACAACUGGCCGUUCCCCAUCUCCCUCACCAUGAUCCACAUGACCUUCUGCUCUACCCUAGCCGUCCUCUGCGUCCGCGUCUUCAAGCUCGUCGAGCCAGUCUCCAUGUCCCGCGAUCUCUACCUCUCCUCCGUCCUCCCCAUCGGAGCUCUCUACUCGCUUUCUCUCUGGCUCUCCAACUCCGCUUACAUCUACUUGUCCGUUUCCUUCAUCCAGAUGCUUAAAGCCCUAAUGCCUGUGGCAGUCUACACAAUCGGCAUUACGUUUAAGAAGGAGAACUUCAAGACUGACACGAUGGCGAACAUGAUUUCGAUCUCGAUCGGCGUGGCGAUCGCCGCCUACGGCGAGGCGAAGUUCGAUUCGUGGGGCGUUAUGCUGCAGCUCGGGGCGGUGGCGUUCGAGGCCACCAGAUUGGUGAUGAUCCAGAUCCUUCUCACCUCCAAAGGUAUAACGCUGAAUCCGAUCACGUCGCUGUACUAUGUUGCGCCGUGUUGUUUGGUUUUCCUGUUUGUGCCGUGGAUUUUCGUUGAAUUCCCUGUUUUGAAAGAGUCCUCUAGCUUCCACUUCGAUUUUGUGAUAUUUGGGACCAAUUCGCUCUGCGCUUUCGCGCUGAAUCUGGCGGUGUUCUUGCUGGUGGGGAAGACCUCGGCGUUGACGAUGAAUGUGGCUGGAGUUGUGAAGGAUUGGUUGUUGAUUGCCUUCUCCUGGUCGGUGAUUAAGGACACUGUGACCCCUGUCAAUUUGUUUGGGUAUGGGCUUGCUUUUCUGGGAGUUGCAUAUUACAAUCACUCCAAGUUGCAGGCUUUGAAGGCGAAGGAAGCACAGAAGAAGGCUCAGCAGGCUGACGACGAGUCUGGGAGAUUGUUGGAGGAGAGAGAAGGAGGGGAUGGAGCCGGGAAGAAGAGUGAUUCCCAGGCCUAAUUUGUUUAUCAUUAAUUCAAAAGUUCAGAAAAAAUUUCAUUUUAAGGAGCAGGGUAGCAAAAUAAUGUCAAGAGGGAGAGUAGGAAUGAAGAAAUGCAUGCAGUGUUUGGAUGAAUUUGGACUUGGGUUUUGAGAGGGUGUAACCUAUCCAUUAUCUGUUAGUCUACUAGCCAGGACUCUUUUUUCUUGCUGAAAUUCAGGGUACGAGGUCCGAUCUGUUGCUUAUAAAGCCAGCCAAAUUCAUGUAAUUUUAGUUGAGUAAGAAUCUCAGAUUUCCCAUAUUUAGGUUUAAACAUUUGUGUACGCUCGUUUCCGGCUCCUGUUCUUUAAUACUUUUUUGAGUGUAUGUGGAACCACCUGUUGGUGAACUUUCAGAGCCUUGUUACUUAUAUAUCUUUCUUUCUUCA